GCGUCGGCGCUCAGAGUGACGCCCGCCAGGUCAGGGGUCACCGGCAAGAUGGCGGCGCUAGUGACCUUCCGCCGGCUGCUAGUUUUGCCCCAGGCGGUGCGGACCUUCGGGGUGCGGAUAUCGCCCACUGGGGAGAAGAUCACGCAUACCGGCCAGGCUUAUGACGAUAAAGACUACAGGAAAAUUCGGUUUGUAGGUCGUCAGAAAGAGGUGAAUGAAAACUUUGCCAUCGAUCUGAUAGCAGAGCAGCCUGUGAGCGAGGUGGACCAGCGGGUGAUUGCCUGCGAUGGCGGUGGCGGUGCCCUGGGCCACCCCAAGGUGUACAUAAACCUGGACAAAGAAACAAAGACGGGUACCUGUGGCUACUGCGGCCUGCAGUUCAAGCAGCACCAUCACUAGCCGGGCGAUGCUGGAGUGCGCGUGGGGCGCCUGGGCCUCGGCCGGGCUCUGGAGCGGAAUAAAGGCCUGCAUCUAGCAUGUGGGCGCUGGCGUUUCCUUCCUGGCUCAAGUGUUCAUUGGACCGAGUGUCCCCAGACCCCCUCCCCUGGCCGCUGCUCACAGAGCCUGGCAGGGAGGCCGGCCCAGCUGUGUCCUCGUCUGCUGCAGGGUGCGGCUGCUCCCCCAGCUUCACCGGAGCUGGGCUCUGCCCGCUUAAGAGAGGGGACCUCACAGAGCAGGCACGGGGUGAGGAGGGUUGGGAGGAAGCCGCUGUCCAGAGGUAAACCCACCGACGGCCGGGCCACCAGGUCUCCCACCGGGGCUGUGGGGGGUCAUCAAGUGACGACCUUUUGCCAGCUGUGGUGUGAUCAAGAAAUACUGAGAACAUUAAAUUUUUGUGAAAAAGUG